AUGCCAUUUUAUGACUACAUUUAUGGAACCAUAGACAAGAGUUCAGAUCAAUUGCAUGAUUCAUCACUGCAACGACAAGAAGAAACCCCAGAUGUUGUGCACUUAACACACCUCACAACACCCAAAUCGAUCUAUCAUCUAAGACUUGGAUUUUCUCACUUAGCCUCCAACCCUUACACACCAAAAUGGUACCUUUUUUUUCUGUGGCCUGUCACAGCUUGCUCAAUGAUCCUCACAUGGCUCUAUGGUCGUACAUUCACUGUGGAGGGGAAUCGUUUUGACAAACUCAAGUUGCAAACUUGGGCAAUACCCAAGUACAAUUUUCAGUACUCUUUGCAAUGGCAAAAAAUGAGUAUCAACAGACUGAUAGAGAAAGCAAUAUUAGAUGCAGACAGAAAAGGUGUCAAAGUGUUAAGCCUAGGUCUCAUGAACCAAGGGGAGGAGCUUAACAUCUAUGGAGGAUUAUAUGUUAGGAAACAUCCUAAGCUAAAUGUUAAGGUUGUAGAUGGAAGCAGUCUUGUAGUUGCUGUUCUUCUUAACAGUAUUCCUAAAGGAACAACUCAAGUAUUACUUAGUGGCAAACUCACCAAGGUUGCUUGUACUCUUGCUUUCAAAUUGUGUCAACAAGGCAUCAAGGUUGCCACAACUCAUAAGGAUGAUUAUGUGAUGCUAAAAAAUCUGUUCAAUAGCUCUAAAACUAGUUUGAUCACUGAGAGAAGCUCCACCCAAAAGAUUUGGUUAGUUGAUGAUGAAUUGACUAAGAAGGAACAAUUGAAUGCACCCAAAGGAACAUUGUUUAUUCCAUUCUCACAAUUCCCACCAAAGAAAUAUCGCAAGGAUUGCUCCUACCAUUGCACCCCAGCAAUGGUAAUUCCUAGUUGUGUUCAAAAUGUCCAUUCUUGUGAGGAUUGGUUACCAAGGAGGGUAAUGAGUGCAUGGCGCAUAGCUGGAAUAGUACACUCUUUAGAAAGAUGGAGUGAACAUGAGUGCAACUACACAAUGCAUAACAUAGAAAAAGUUUGGCAUUCAACACUUCAACAUGGUUUUCAACCUCUUAAUGUGCCCACCAAAAGUAGUGAACAAAAUAAUUAA